UAAGGCUGCUCAAUUCCUCAAGAAUCAAUCAUGACCUUUAUUUCCAUCUUUUGUUCCUAGUGCUUUACCCAAACUAAGCCACUCAGAAAUUUACACACUAGGGUUAGGGUUAGUCACCACCACCAAGCACUGACUCGUGUAUACAUAUAUAUACAUAUAUGUAUAUAAAUAGAGCUUUAUAUCUCUAGCGGAAUCAUCAUCCAGCAACCAGAUUUGCUGGGGUUACAUAUAUUUUGGGCGAAACAAUUAUUAAACUGAUUGGAGCCCAAAAUAUACACAGUAAGUGAAACAUAGAGAUCAAGUUGAUUAGGGUUUCUGAGCAAGCAUGAAGAAGAGACAAGUGGUGGUGAAAAGAGAUGUGGCAAACACUUCAUCUUCAGUGAUGAGAAACAUAAGAUAUGGAGAGUGCCAGAAGAAUCAUGCAGCGAACAUUGGAGGCUAUGCUGUGGAUGGCUGCAGAGAAUUCAUGGCUAGCACAGGGGAAGGAGCUGGUGGGGCUCUUACAUGUGCAGCUUGUGGCUGCCACAGGAACUUCCACAGAAGGGAAGUGCAAACUGAGGUAGUUUGUGAGUACUCUCCUCCUAAUUCUUCUCGCUAAAGAAAGGGAAGAAAAUAGAGUGCAGAGUUUGUAUUAACUGAUUGAAUCUUUCUUUCUUUCUUUCCAUAUUUCUUUCAUUUGUGUUCUUGUAAGCGUGGAUGAUUGAUUGAUUACCAACAGAGAAUUAUUCUUGUAAAAGAAAAUCUAAAGCUUCAGGGUUUGUGUUUUGGAAUGUUAUAUAUCCAGCCUUUCUAUAUAUUCUUCCUCUUUUUCUCA